AUGUCAUUAAAGAGCUGUUUUUAUUAUUUAAUAAAAGUAGUAAUUGGCAUAAUUUUGUCAAUUUUAGUGAUGAUAGCUAUUCAUAUUGCAUAUUGUUAUAAUACAAAAAAUAAUUGUUUAACUUAUAAUACUCCGAUGGUAAUCAAUACGUGGGCGUUUACUGAUGCAACAACAAAAAGUUGGGAAGUGUUAAACAUGACAGGCUCAGCAAUCGAUGCAGUUGUAGCUGGAUGUACAGUUUGUGAACAAGAGCAAUGUGAUGGUACUGUUGGUUAUGGUGGAAGUCCUGAUGAAAAUGGAGAAACUACUUUAGAUGCCCUCAUCAUUGAUGGAGCUACAAUGAAUAUGGGUGCGGUAGGGCAUAUGAAACGUAUCAAAUCAGCCUCUAAAGUCGCAAAGUUUGUGAUGGAAAACACAAAACAUACUCUUCUUGUAGGUGAUGAAGCAACUGAAUUUGCUAAACAGAUGGGCUUUAAAGAGACUAAUCUUAGCACAAAUGAUUCAAUGAACUUGUGGAAACAAUGGAAAACUAAUAAUUGUCAGCCAAACUUUUGGACUAAUGUCAGCCCAGAUCCAAAAAAGUAUUGUGGACCUUACAAAUCAAAUUUGAACACACAAUCAAAACCUGAAUCAAAUUAUAUGGAUACGAAAAAUCAUGAUACUAUUGGAAUUAUUGCAAUAGACCAAGAAGGUAAUAUUGCUGCUGGUACAUCUACAAAUGGUGCCAAAUUCAAAAUACCUGGAAGAGUUGGUGAUUCUCCCAUUCCUGGAUCAGGUGCUUAUGCUAUAAACACAUUUGGUGCUGCUGUAGCAACAGGCGAUGGAGACAUACUAAUGCGUUUUUUACCAAGUUUCCAUGCAGUACAAGCAAUGGAGCAUGGCCAUCUUCCAAAGGAUGCUGCUCAAUUAGCCAUUGAUACGAUUGCCAAAUAUUAUCCUGACUUUAGUGGAGCAGUUAUUGCUGUUAAUAUUUUUGGACAUUAUGGUGCUGCUUGUCAUGGAUUUGACAAAUUUCCUUAUUCUAUUGCAAAUUCUAAACAGAAUAACGUGUCCAUACUUUAUAUCACAUGUACUAAAUCAACAUCAUGAAAUUAUUACUGUUGGUCAUUUUUGUAUAUCUAUUUUAAAUAUUCUUAGAUAAUGUUUUAAAGGUGCAUUGUACUAUGUUUCAAUCAGUGUAAUAAUUUAAAUAUUGGUAU